UGCGGGAUGUAUCCCCUCCUCCUGGUGGGCGGGUGCGAGCAAGAUGGCGGAGAGCGGCGCUGACGAUGCCGGCCACACCGGACAGGGGCCGGGAAAAGGCUUUAUUCGGGUCACCGUUAAGACGCCGAAGGACAAGGAGGAGAUUGUUAUCGGAGAGACGGCUUGUGUGCGGGAGUUUAAGGAAGAGAUAUCCAGACGGUUCAAAGCCAAACGGGAUCAGCUGGUACUGAUCUUUGCCGGGAAGAUCUUGAAAGACGGCGAUACCCUGAACCAGCAUGGCAUCAAAGACGGCCUGACCGUUCAUCUAGUGAUCAAGACCCCGCAGAAAUCACAAGAUCCCUCCGCCAUGUCACCCACUGCCGCCGCUGUUGCAGCCUCCAUAUCACCUUCUGCACAGACCGGGAACCCCGCUGGUCAAUCCCAAGCCCCUUCCAGCAGCUCUACGUCAGAGGGCAGCGAAGGCACCGCCAGAGGGAGCAGCGGGAACGGGAGCAGUGCAACCCCGGGAGACGGGGCACCCCCGACCAUGAACCCCCUCUCCGGUUUCGGUGGGCUGGCAGGGCUCGGUAACCUCGGCAUGGGCUCCGCCAAUUUCAUGGAGCUGCAGCAGCAGAUGCAGCGGCAGCUUAUGUCCAACCCAGAGAUGCUGUCUCAGAUCAUGGAGAAUCCCCUGGUGCAGAAUAUGAUGUCUAACCCUGAUCUGAUGAGACAGAUGAUUAUGGCGAACCCCCAGAUGCAGCAGCUGAUGGAGAGGAACCCGGAGAUCAGUCACAUGCUAAAUAAUCCUGAGCUCAUGAGGCAGACCAUGGAGCUAGCCCGUAAUCCCGCUAUGAUGCAAGAGAUGAUGAGGAACCAAGACCGAGCCCUCAGUAAUCUGGAGAGCAUCCCCGGGGGAUACAAUGCCUUGCGUCGAAUGUACACGGAUAUCCAAGAGCCGAUGUUCAGCGCAGCCAGAGAACAGUUUGGCAGUAACCCUUUCUCCACGGCUGGCGGCUCUGAGAGCUCCGCGUCUCAGCCUCUGCGGACAGAGAAUCGGGAGCCCCUACCUAACCCCUGGAGCCCUUCCUCAUCGGCUUCCCAAAGCCAAACUUCCAACAGUGAUGGAAAUACUGGGUCCGCUGCCAGCCAAAGCACCCCUACCGUGUCCAACCCGUUUGGGAUCAACGCUGCUAACCUGGGAACAGGCAUGUUUAAUAGCCCCGAAAUGCAGGGAAUGUUGCAGCAGAUAUCCGAAAACCCCCAGCUGAUGCAGAGCAUGAUAUCCGCCCCGUACAUGCGCAAUAUGAUGCAGGCACUCUCCCAGAAUCCAGACUUAGCAGCUCAGUUGAUGGUCAACAUUCCACUGUUCUCUGGAAAUCCUCAGCUCCAAGAACAGCUAAGAAACCAGCUGCCUGCCUUUCUACAGCAGAUGCAGAACCCCGAGUCGCUCUCCGUAAUGACCAACCCCAGGGCAAUGCAGGCCCUGCUCCAGAUCCAACAAGGCCUUCAGACCCUGCAGACAGAAGCCCCUGGACUCGUCUCCGGUCUUGGUUCGUUCGGUGUCCCUGGAAUGCCACCCGCAUCGGGAGGAACCACGGCCCCAGAAAGUACCACCUCUUCCACGCCAACGAGUACUACUCCAGCAGGGGGUAGCAGCAAUCCACAGCAACAGAUGGUACAGCAGAUGAUCCAACUCUUGGCUGGGGGAAAUUCUCAGGGCCAGAGUCCCGAAGUGCGUUUCCAGCAGCAGCUGGACCAGCUAAGUGCGAUGGGCUUUAUCAACCGGGAAGCCAACCUUCAAGCUCUCAUAGCGACAGGAGGUGACAUCAACGCGGCUAUUGAAAGACUGCUCGGUUCUCAACCCUCCUAAGGAGAAACAACUGCCCCUUUCCCCCAAAUUUCCAGAGGAACAAUGACCCCAUCCCGGCUGUUACAUGCGCCCCACUCGCUGAGCAUCGUGGAAGGUGAAAGCUGAGUCUGAGGACUCCUUUCGAGGCAUAAAAGAUGGUGCUCUGCGUUGUGGAUUAUACCCGAUCAGCUCUUCCCCAUUUAGAGAAGUGGGAACGGCAAAUAUUUUGCCCUUUAAAAUACACAAUAUCCCUUCUCGGCACUGCUUUUGCCCUCCUGAUGACAUCAUGCAGUUAUUAAACAGACGGUUCCUUAAACAAAACCUACAUUAGCUGAUGGCUCAUAUCUGCCCUAAAUAACUGUAUUUAACUCAGUUGAAGUUCAGUGUGUUGAUUUUUUUUUCCCCCACUGUCCCAAGUUAUUUUAAUUCUAACACUAACCUUUUGAUUUUUUUUUUUUGUUUAUUAUUUUGAAUAGAUUUUUAACAAUAAACCAAAUUCAUAUUUUUAUUUUUGUUUUCCAAAGUUACGCUCGGACUUUUAAGCUUCUUUGAAACGUUUGUGCUAGUUCGUUCAGCGCCUCCCGAGUAGUUUGCAGCUACUGGCCGCCACAGCGGGAAAUAGAGCAAAUGUUAGCGUUUGGUAACAGAAUUGUUAACGUCUCUGUUAUCGCAUUUUCUGUCCAGGUCACUAAAUCAAUCGUUGUGGCAAA